AUGAUAAAGGUGGCAAAUUCAAAACCAUUAUUGAAUGGAUUAAUCAGAAGCACAAGCCCCUUUAAAAUAAUAAGUCAUUAUGGGAGAAGAAAUAUUGGGACGGCUACAUUUCUGCCCAUAACCGAUCUAUUUAUUACAAUGCAUGAAACGUCAGGUAUACCCUGGAUUGCACUAAUACCGUUGACAACAUUUACAUUAAGAACUUUUAUAACAUUACCAUUAAGUAUAUGGCAAAGGAAAAGAAUAGUGAAACAACAAGAAUUGAGGAAAAUAGUACAAGCGACAACUCCGGUGGUCAAAGUACGAUUAGCGGCAAUGACUGUAAAGAAAGGUGCCAAUGGCGCAAAUAAUAGUCAGCUGGCCAAUAUGCCGAAAGUUGGAGCACAGAAACCAGAUAUCUUGACACCUGAUCAAAUCAGAUUAGUAGCCGUGAAGGAAACAAGAAAGAGACAAAAGAAAUUAUUCAAAAGAUAUAAUGUUCCUCUAUGGAAAAAUGUCAUGUUACCCUUAAUUCAAAUACCACUAUGGAUUACCGUAUCUAUGGGGGUAAGAAGUCUUGUUGAUAGAAGAUUAUUAGAAGCGGGUGAAACAUGGGCUAGGCACUUUGAUAUGAAUGGUAUUGACUUAAGUGGACCCCUAGAACCGAUUCCAAUGCUAAUACCCAUGUUAUUAGGUGUAUUUUCAAUGUUAAAUGUGGAGUUUAAUGGUCGUAUGAUGUUGAGUAAAGAUACAGAUCUAGUUGGAAUCAAGACGUUUCGAGAUGAGUUUUCAUCGUUAGCCCAGGGUACUAGAAGUAUAAUGAAUAUCUCGAGGAUGGGAUGUAUUUUUAUGAUGGGAGUAUCAUCUCAAACUUCUAUAUUGUUAGCCUUGUAUUGGAUGAGCUCCCAAUUAUUCUCUCUAAUCCAAAAUGUCAUCUUGGAUAAAUUAUUUCCGUACAGGAGAUAA